GCAGCUUCUCUUGGUGUUUCCUCCCUCACACAUCGGCUCUCCUGCUCUUUUGCCCGAGCAGAGCAGACGCAGAGGAGCUUGCUCGCUGCAACUCGCCCCACGCCAUGCUGCCGUGGAGGAGGAAUAAGUUUGUUCUGGUGGAGGAGGAGGCCAAGAGCAAAGCCAAGAGCCUGAGCACGGGGCUGACCUACAACUCCAUCCUCUCCUCCCUCCUGCGCUCCUUCCCGGACCUGCUGCCCGACUGCCCCUUCGACUGGGUGGGCAACAUCUUCCACACCAAGCGGCAGAAGGUGGAGCUGAACAAAGAGGAGCCCGUUUACAACGUGCGCUACCUGGGGAGCAUGGUCACCAUCACGGCGAAGGGAGACGGUUGCACUCAGGAGACGGUGGCCAAGAUCUGGGCGAGGAGCAACUACGGGGAGCAGAGUGUGAAGAUGAGGUUAACGGUGGGAGCGCAGGGCAUCCGAAUGAAUGCCGACAAGUCUGGGAAAAAGAAACCCGUGCACAUGUACUCCCUGAACAGGAUCACACACUGCGGCGCCGACCCGGGCCGGCCCAAGAUCCUGGCCUGGAUCUACCGGCACCAGGUGAAGAACAUGGCCGUGGUGCUGCGCUGUCACGCCGUGCUGGUUAGCAAGUCGGAGAAGGCCCAGGCCAUCGCCCGCAGCCUCUACAGGAACGCCACCUCCGCCUUCAGCGAGUUCAAGCGGCUGAAGCGGCAGAGCGACUUCCGGCACUGCCAGCAACAGCUGCUGGGGGAUGAUGCGGUGCCGCUGAUGCCCCUGAGGAGGGUGCUGAACGGGCAGUGCCACUACAGACCGCCGGCCGACAACCUCGAGAGCGCCACCCGCCUCUGCUCCAUCACCGAGGAGGAGGAGGAGGAGGAGGAGGUGCAGGAGGCACGGGAGAUGCAGAGGCAGGUUUUUACCACCAAGACAGACCCCACUCAGCUACUGUCGGAGCUGGACAUCGGGGAUAUUGCUAGACUGGAGCAGUGCCAGAUCAACUUUGUGAGCGACAGCCACAACAACACGUUUACAUUCAUAACCUCUCUGGUGUGAACUCUCACUGGGACUCCUCAGGCCAUCAUGGGACACUUCAGAGACUCUGAUGCUGUCUGAUUUGCAGUUUGUGGAGCUGCGUGUUUACAAGGAGCUGCUGAUGCUCAGACUCACGAAAGCACAACGUUUCUUACUACUCUCUCUUCUUCUGUGAGUAUCAGUGAAGCUGUUUGCCAGCAGGGACUUGUAAUAUUUUUCAGGGAGGUUCUUUGUAAUUGUGUCAUUUUUUCUAGAAUGACAGUCGUCACAGACUUACAAUCACGAGAAGUUUAUUACUUAUGAAGUUUAUUUACCAACUAAUGAAUCAGGCUGUAAUUUAGGAAGCAAGCCAUGCAGGGGACAUGCUUCUCACCCACAAAGGACCUUUUCCUUUAUGCAUGACGUGUCAGCGGUAACCUUUGAUACUUUGGCUUUGAAAUCUACACUAUGAUAAAUCUGCUCAUGCAGCAGCGUCUCAUUUAUGUAAUGUAUUAUUUCAACAACAACAGAUCCAUCUCUUUGCUCUUUUCAGCCACGUUUUGCUAAAGCAGUUUUACAACAUGAGCCCUUCAGCUGAUUCCCUGUUGAUAAUAUCUGUACCGCCGUCUAAAAUGCAUCGUGAUUAUUAUGAGAUUUAUUUUACGAAUAUGAUGAAUAAAAAUGACCCUCACUUGGGCUUCCUUCUUGAGUCACGGAGGGAAAGUGUU